GAGUUUAUAUCUGUCACUCAUUUUCUCUCUUAAUUCAUCAGCCUUUUAAUAAUUAUUUUUCAAAUUUUAUGCAAAUACACAGUAGAAAACAAAAACCAAAAACAGACGACAACAACCAAAAAAAAAAAGAAGAAAUACAAAAAUAUUGGAAAAACACUAAAUUUAAGAGAUUAGGAAAUAAUAAAAUAAGUUAAAAUUAAAAUUGCAGUAGAAUUAAGUAUGUCAACGAGUAAUACGGAUACCGGUGAUACGGUAAAUAUAACAACAACAGAACUACAACAAAAUAUGGACAACAAUGUAGUAAACGAAGGACAGUUAGCCAUACAAAUGAGCCAAGAUGAACCAGCACCACGUGAAGCUUUGAUAACAACUGCUGUUAAUUUUCUUAACAAUGCCAAAGUACGCCAUACUACACUGUCGCAAAAACAACAGUUUCUAAGGUCCAAAGGUCUUACCUCGACCGAAAUACAAAUAGCCUGUGAAAGGGCGGGGGUAUUUAGUCAGGAUCCUAAUGCUCCUACAGUUAUAAAUAUGGGCAUAAAUGCUACCCAGACGCAUGCUCAAUUGGCUUUGCAGCAGCCUAAGCCUACAGCUUUGCAACGUCUCAAGGAAGUUUUACAUUCCAUGGCUUUGUUAGGGGGAGUAGCUUAUGCCAUAUUCAUGUUUUGGAAGAAAUUCCUGCAAACCUUUUUGUUUGGUGGCAAAAAGAAGAAAUCCGUGGAUGAUGCCUUAAAUGAAAUCGACAAAAAGGUCGAUACCCGACUGGCAGAGGUUAAAACAGAACUGACACAGGUCAAGGAAAGCUUGGCCCGCGAACAACGCGAUCAAACUCAGCAAUUUAUGCGUGAAUUUAAUCAAUUUAAAAGUGAUCUAGAGGCUAUUAAGGGAUUACUCUUAAAUCGCAAACAAUUUCCAUCGCCUUUGACAGCCACUGUGGGGGCUCCCUCUAUACCAGCUUGGCAAUUGUCUUCUUCCUCCCCUCGGCGCAUUUUACGCAAUAGCCAAUCGGAUGAUAAUGAAAUAGCUAAUGAUACUGGCUCUGGUUCGGGUUCAUCGGAAACAGAGGUCGUUACCAAAAAUAGUGAUUCCAGUUUAGAAAUUAUGUAAAAUGAAGAAAAAGCUUUAUGCCUCUUACUUAAGCUUUAUAAGUCAUAAACAAAUAGUAAAGAAUAUAUUAAAAGAAACAGAAACGAAAAAACAUUAGCCAUUAGACUCCAAGCAACAUUGUUUGGUUUUGAUUAUAUUCUUAACUAAUUUUGUGUGCUAUGAACUGAUAAGAUUUGUGUUAAUACUUUGUUACACACAUACACUCGGUUAAUUUACUAAUCUAAUCAAAUUUGGCUUUGCGUUUGUUUUCUCUUUUACUUAAGUUUUUGUAUUUAUUAAAAAAAAAACUUCCUUUUUUGUUUAUUUACGUUUUUAUUGUAUAUUUUUUUUUUUUUGUAAUUUUUUAGUUUAGCCUUUUAAGAUUUAAUUUGGUGUAAAAAGCAAAUACAUAUGUAGUUGAGUUUUUUUUCUAUUUAUUUCAUUUUCCUUAAUAAGUUUAGUGGUUCUUGAUUUCUAAUAUUUUGUUAUUGUAGAAAAAUAUUGGCUAAUUUUGACUUGAAAUGAUAAUAAAAGAAAAAUAACCCAAAA